CGGCGGCCGCCCAAGCUCGGGGCGCGGGGAGAGCCAGCGCGAAGUAGGCGCGGGAGGCGGAGGAGAAGCGAGCGACGGAGAGGAAGGGGGAGGAAGAGGAGGAGGAGAGGAGGAGGAGGAGAGGGGGAGGAGGGGAGGCGCUCCGCUCGCCGUCAGUGGGCAGAGACGCGGCAUGCCCCUAGCAGGAGAGAGCGGGCUGUCCUCCGCUGGGCCAUGGGCACCCAAGCGCUGACAAUGCCGGGGUGACAGGAGCAGCGCCAGCCACCCCGCCACCUCCACCAUCACCUCCCGCGCUCAGCCUCCCCACCGGCCGGUACAGAACCAGCCUCCGCGUCUCUCUCUCUCUUGAUCUCUCUCUCUCUCUCACCCUCUCUCUCUCUCUCUCUCUCGCUCGCUCGCUCGCGCUCUCUCGCUCUCUCUCUCUCUCCAUUAUUGUCUCCCACUCUCCAGGGGUUGGGGUCGGCUGGCUGAGGAUUAGGUCGGAAGCAAGAUUUCUCUCCAAAGUAUGGUAAUAUUUAUGUAGGCAGAGAGAGAGAGAUAGAGAGAGAGAUUGAGAGAGAGAGAGAUAUUGAGAGUGAGAUAUUGAGAGAGAGAGAGAGAGAGCUCUUGAAAGAGAGAGAGAGAAAGGGAGAGGGAGAGGGAGAGAGAGAGAGAGAGAGAGAGAGAGAGAGAGAGAGAGAGAGAAAGAGGGGGGGACGGGAGGAGGGGAUACGGAAAUUAAGCCCUUUAAGUCAAUGCAUAUUGUGGAGACGCGGGCACCGGAGCCCACACGGCGGAGUCAGCCAGGACUGUGAGUUCCCAAAAUAUGACCAGGGGCGCCUGGAUGUGUCGGCAGUAUGACGACGGCUUAAGAAUCUGGUUGGCAGCACCCCGGGAGAACGAGAAACCGUUCAUCGAUUCAGAGAGGUCUCAGAAAUGGCGACUGUCUCUGGCUUCACUCCUGUUUUUCACGGUCCUGCUCUCUGAUCACUUGUGGGUCUGCGCCGAGGCCAAGCUGACUCGGACCCAGGAUGAAGAGCAUCACCACGAGCAGCAGCAACAGCAGCAGCAGCAGCAGCAGGAGCAGCAGCAGCAACAGCAGCAGCAGCAGCAGCAACAGCAGCUGCAGCAGCAGCGGCAGCGGCAGCCCGAGCCCUCCUGGCCCGCGCUCCUGGCCGGCACGGAGCCCUCGCCCGCCACCCAGGCACACACGCUCCUCUCCGCCGCGCCGUCCCCUACCCUGCCCCCCUCGCCGGCAGGCGGCGGCGGCGGCCCGGGCGAGCGAGGCCAGAGCCGCUGGAGCGGGGCUCCUCCAGGAAACUCCGCCAGGCCGGCGUGGCGCCUGGAGACCUGCUACCCCCCGGGCGUCUCCUCGGGCCAGUGCUUCACCGUGGAGAGCGCGGACGCCCUGUGCGCCAGGAACUGGAGUCGCGGGGCGGCCGCGGGGGAGGAGCAGGCGGCCGGCGGCUCGCGGCCAACUCCGCUCUGGAACUUGUCGGAUUUUUACCUUUCGUUUUGUAAUUCCUACACACUUUGGGAGUUGUUUUCGGGGCAGCUCAGCCCCAGCGCUUUGAACUGCAGCCUGGACGUGUUGCUCGCGGAGGGCGGCGAGAGGACCAUGUGCAAGCAGUGCAUCGAGGCUUACCAGGACUACGACCACCACGCCCAGGAGAAGUACGAAGAGUUUGAAAGCGUGAUGCACAAGUACUUGCAGUCGGAGGAGUACUCCGUGAAGUCCUGUCCCGAGGACUGCAAGAUUGUCUACAAAGCCUGGCUCUGCUCCCAGUACUUUGAAGUCGCACAGUUCAACUGCAGAAAGACAAUUCCUUGCAAGCAAUAUUGCUUGGAGGUGCAGAGGAAGUGCCCCUUCAUAUUGCCCGACAAUGACGAACUCAUCUACGGAGGACUCUCCAGCUUCAUCUGCACAGGGCUGUACGAAACCUUCAUGACCAAUGAUGAACCCGAAUGCUGUGACGUCAGGGCCGAGGAGCCCUCCGCAUCCCGAGGGACCGUGGACGGCAUUGCCUCCUGCUCCAAGCCGGUUCUCACCGCGUCCUCGGCCACAAGACUGUACCCCGGCCGGCUGAGACUGUGUGUGCUCGUCCUCAUCCUCCUCCACGCAGUGCUCACGGCCUCCGCGAUGCAGAGUUCCCCGGGGCUGGGCCUGGGCGGCCUCGGCUCCCUCGAGGGCCGCUCCACCCGGGAGAACUGAGCGCGCCAGAGCGCGCGCAGAGGGGCCGGGCAGCUGCACGCAUGCGUGCAGGGCGGUGUCCCCCCGCGGGGGGCUCACCGGCCGCUGCCCGGGAACUGAAUCCACCCGAGUGCUUUACCCCCAGAUGUCCCGCAAGGGCCUGUGGGUAACGAUGGGACACAGCCUCAGCCUUUUAGGGAGGAAGAGGCUGCAGGCCACUCAGUUCCUCAUACCAUUUUAUACACUGUGUUUUAACGUUCGGAGGGUUUCUUUGCUUUCGGUUCGGUCUGGGUUCAUUCCCUCCGUUUCCUUUACUUGAUUGUGUUUUUCUGCACUUGUUGGUGCAGGGUUUCUUUGAGGGUGAACUAAGUCUCUCAGUGUCUAUCUAUCUAUCUAUCUAUCUAUCUAUCUAUCUAUCUAUCUAUCUAUCUAUCUAUCUAUUUCUAGUCAUCGUGAGUCCAUCAGAUACUUCUGUCUCCGUCCUGUCAGUUUCUGAUAGAUGAAUGACCGCUAUCAAAAAAAUAAAAAAACAACAAAAAAAAGACAAAAAAAGAAAAUAACAAAAAAAAAAUUAAAAAUAAAAUAAAAAUCCCUAAGCCUCCUUCGAACCUUUGGGCGCCACGCCCUGCAGGCCCUACUGGCCCUCGCCUUCUUAUGUCCCCAAGCAGACAACAUCCGCUUGCUUCUGUCUGUGUCUCGCAUGGUGGGUGUGUGUCCUGCUAAAGCCGAGGGAGCCAGGGCCUAGCGGUUCCUCCGAAUGAUCCAACACUGAGUCAGGCAGUUCACAAAAUCACAAUGUCAGAGUGAAGCACGCUCCCGUGAACCUAGUCGCUCCAGCGCCCAUCCCCAGUUCUCCUUACUGGCCAAGCAGACAGGAGGGGCCGCGGCCCACGGCCCGCGGGGUGCCCGCAAGCUGGCCCUCCUGAGCACCAGGCGCUUGCCUCCGAGCGAUGGGAGCAGACUCCGAGAGCGCAAAUCCAGACUUGUGUUCCUCCCUGAUCGUGGUGGGAGGGGUCUAGUAUACAGACCAUGUACCAUUUAAUCCCAGUAACGCCCCAGCGU